GCCCCAACCCCCUCUUUCAAAACCGUCAAAACUCCUGCAUUACAUGGCAUAAUUCAUAUUUGGAGUAUAUAGUUGUAAUAAAGACUGCUCUUCAAGAAUGUUUGCUUCCCUCUUUGUGGUCAUACUGGGGUUGUGCUUCUGUAGCAAGCAGAGCAGCCAGUCGGUUCUGGGGCGUCCAGAACUUAGGGGCCCUUCGGAAGUUUUGGUGAGAGAAGUUGUAGAAUUUCAGUGUGAACUGAAAAUCUACCCAGAGAAUGAAACAAUCCUGCUGCAGUUAUUUAAGGAGGGUAACCGUGACAAGUUGUUGGGCGAAUACUCCUCCCUGAACGGGGAGGUUGCAAUCAUGCCCGUGGUAAUCAAACCAUUCCAUGAGGGCAACCUGGAGUGUGUGGCCAAGGCUCAGAACAACUCUAAGAUAGAGCCCACUGUCAGCUACACACACUACCUGAAGGUUGUUGAGCCAGUGAAGGGUGCAGAGGUGGUCUUUCAAUCAGAUUCAGUGGACCUCUUUGAGGGGCAGACACUGGAGCUACACUGUCAACUCACUGCUGGAAAUCAUGUCUCUUACAAGUGGCUGCUGAACGGUCAACUCGUCCCUCAGUCACCUCGCCACUAUGCCGCAAAUGGCAAUCUCUUCGUCUACAGCACUACUUCUCAAGACAGCGGAUCCUAUAUGUGCGUCGCCACCAACCACUUCAACAAAACAAACAUCUUCACCUCCAAUAGCUCUGACGUGAUCACAGUCAAAGACCUGGUGUCAAUCCCUAACAUCUCCCUCACCGUGAUAAAGGUAACAUCUCCCCUCACCGAUUCCGACAACUAUUCUGCCGAGGUCACCUGUCAGUCUUCAAAAGGGACUCCGCCUAUCAUCUUUUCACUGUACAACGGGACAGAAUUGUUUGCCAAUGUAAGAGCUGAAGAGAGAACCACAACAUUUAAGGUUCCACUGGUCUUGGGCCAGCACUUGGGUUGGCUCCAGUGCCAGGCAGAGAAUGGAGACCGGAUCGAAUUCAGUCAAAGGAUUCCCCUCGAAGUUGUCCCGGUUGGUGGGCCUGUGAUGAUGCAUUACGACUAUGACAUUGGAGAAAACUACGCCGUGAUCGGCCUGAGGUUCUACUGCGAGGCGGCCAAGGGAUCUCUCCCUCGGUACCAGUGGUUCCUCAACAAAACCCUCCUACAUGACAGAGGAAGCUUUUACUACGUGGUCAACAAGCCUCCGGAACAGUCCAUACUCCUGCUGUCUGUAGGGAGGAGCAGCGCUGGAACGUACCACUGUGAAGUGUCAGACAGCUUUGACAACAUCACCGCCAUAACCAGCAACCGGCUGUAUUUGGAUAAAGAAGUUCUGAAUCGUCUCCCCAACUUGGUGGUGGCAGUUGUCUUUGGGUGCUUUACAUUCCUGGUUGUCCUGGUCUCUAUUUGUUGCUGUGUUGGAGCAAUAUUCAGGCGAAGGCAGUAUGGAGAGAAGUCUAUGUUGAGCCUGGAGAUGAAGGGAAUAUCUGCAUAUAAGGGCGAGCUGGAUUUGUCAGAGUACAACGAAGAUGCUGAAAUUGUGAAUAUGGCCAGAGGUGAUGCAUUUGAUCAGGCAUCUCAAGUCUCUUCUGAUGAAUGAAUUGUGCAAGAGAAGAAGACUCUGGAGGAUGAACCAUCUGAGCGACUCUGAGCUUUCAAA